AUGAACCCAUUAGAAGAGCCGACAAUGGACAAAGAAUCAUUUUCUGAGACAACCAGCACCAAUCCACCCCUGAAACCUACAAACAACGAAGGCUGGAAGGAUGUAGAUUGGGAAAAGACAGCGGAUCCUGGUACUUCUGAGAGAACCACGAAGAUGACAGAAAUUAAGGACCCUCUCGAAGCCAUUGACGCAUUGGAAGACGCGCUGGAGGAGGUCAGAGAGGCCCUGCCGAUGCGAUUUGACUCUCCUGGCGGAGAGGAUUCUCCAAUAACCAGUCCUCGUCCCAGACACGAAAAUGCUCCACUGAGUCCGCCUCAGAGCCUUGCAGAAAGAAACACCAAUCUAGCAGCGUCGAAAAAGGUUUCGGCCUCCGUGACAUCGCAGCGCUCCAAUGGCUCAAAACCUCGACUGUAUCCAAUGGCACCGAGACCGGCCUUCAACGCACGAGUGCCGCCAAAUUCUAAACAGGGCCAGCGCCCCAUUGUUCGCCCAAACCAAACAUUAGCAAGUCGUACAAGUAUUACGGGGAAGUCAACCGAGCCUCGACCAAGCACUCCAAAAGCGGCUGGUACCAAGUCGCAGAAAGAAAACAGGCUGAGCACCGCGUCUCUCAGCACUUCUAGGCCAGCAUUCAUCCCGGCCAAAUCAACGAAACCGCUCACAAGAUCAACAUUCGAAUUGCCGGGCGAAGCCAUCUCGCGACGCAUGAGAGCUCAGCGGGAAGAACGCCUCAAGAAAGAAGAGGAAGAGAGGGAGCAAAGAAAACUGUUCAAAGCAUCCAAGAUUCGAUAUAGCCAUAUUCCUGCUGAGGUACGAGAAACAUUCACCAGUAGAUCUAGAGCUAGCCGGGGUGGUACCGAAAGUCCACUCAAAGUACCGAGCCGUACGACUUCUAUCGCUCGGGCCCCCGUCCCUAGAUCCAGCCUCUCAUCGUCGGUGAGGACGGCCUCGAUUGAUGGGAUGUCUCUUACUCACAGUGCCUCCGAUGAGCACCUUGGGCGCCGCGCCUCCUUUGCUCCUGGAGACACGCGUCAUUCCUCAGUGAGCAGUGGCCCAACAGCUCGAUCCGUCAACAAUGCGGCCAGCGGGGCUGGUAUCAAUGAAGGUAAAGCAAGACACUCCACGGUUACAUCAAAGACGCCAUCCAUGACAGAUACCCCGUUGCCCAAGCUGCGAGGGAAAGCGGUACUUGGACGAGAUCGACAACUAGUAGAAGACCGAGAGCACGGACGUCGGCAGAAAGAAGAAGCCACAAGACGUGCAAGAGCUGAAGCGGCCGAGCGCGGAAGGCUGGCCAGUCGCGAGUGGGCGGAGAAGGAGAAGCAGAAGGUGAAAGCUCGUCAAAGCCUUGUUGCAUGA